AUGUGGAACUUUGCAUCGAACUGUCUUGCUGGAAGUGUCAGUUUAAAAAGCUCAUCAAGUUCAAAGCCAAAUCAAGUCACCCCAUCUUCUGAAUACUCGGACGAUGAAGCAUCUUCAGUUGUGAGCAGAGAAGAAGGCCUGGAGUGCCCAAUAUGCUGGGAAUCCUUCAACAUUGUGGAAAACGUGCCCUACGUCCUCUGGUGUGGGCAUACCCUUUGCAAAAACUGCAUAUUGGCUCUCCAGUGGGCUGUUGUGAAGUUCCCAACUUUACCAGUUCAACUCCCGCUCUUCAUCUCCUGUCCAUGGUGCAAUCUCUUGUCAUUUCGCCUGGUCUAUGGUGGAAACUUGAGGUUUCCACGCAAGAACUACUUCCUACUGUGGAUGGUUGAAAGCAAGAAUGAUGAUAGAGUCAAGACUCGUGCAUCAUCUACCUUUGAGGAUCAUCCAAAUGUCUGGUCGGUGAAUUCCAGCUUGGCUGGUCCUGGAAGUCAACAUAAUAAUCACCAUCACCAUCACCAUCACCACCCGCGGCAAUCUAGGUCAAACCAUGAUGCUGUUCAUGGCAACAACACUCCUCAUUUCCUCAGUGUGGGGAGGAUAAAAUCGUCGAUACAGAAGUCGUUGGUUUUCUUUGUUCACCUUACUGCAAAGUUCCCUCUGGUCAUCAUAUUCCUUCUCAUAAUCUUAUACGCCGUACCUGCCAGUGCAGCCAUUCUGGCGCUGUACGUUCUCAUCACUGUUCUGUUUGCCAUACCGUCGUUUCUCAUACUCUAUUUUGCUUAUCCCAGUUUGGAUUGGCUUGUUAGAGAAAUCAUCACUUGAUAUCAUUGUAUUUGCCAGCUACUUCAUAAUUGGACGAUUUCACGAGCCUCAGAGCUAGAACGGCCUUGUGUAUCUAUGUAGAUUAUAUAUUAUUACCUAUUGUAAUGAAUCUCUUCUGGCUGCUCCCCAUUGGAUUAGGGUCUAUGUUGGCAGCAGAGGUACUGGAGGCAGAAGCCAUCUUCUGCACUGUACUUUCUGGUUACUGGUCAUCUAGAGAGAUCUCUUUAUGUAAGACAAGUUUGUAGGUGAUAGUGGAUUAGGUAAAUUGGUUUUUAAUAUGUGUAAUUCAUUGCUAAAUGCUAGUGCAGUCAGCUUCAAAAUCAGUGGUUUCUGUGUUAUGCUCGUCUUUACUUGGCC